AUGGAAACCAUAUAUUCAGUGAAAGCAUGGAAACCUGAUUCUGUGCCGUUGGAUGAGGAGUAUGAGCCAUCCCGUGCCUUUCCCCAUGGAGCUAUCCUGAUUCAGUUUUCCUCAUCAAUAACUAGGGUUAGGAGAUGGUGGCUUCGCCCAGCACGACGCACUCGUUCUGCACAGGACCGACGGCCGGCGGCCGCAGCUAAUUCCUUCUCUCCUCUUCGGCGGCUGGCCCACCGCGCCAACCCAGCACGACGCCCUCGUUCCGCGCAGGGCGGGCGACCGGCGACCGGCGCCGAUAAUUCUUCUGCGGCCUUCUCUCCUCUCCGACGGCUGGCCCUACGCGCCAAUACUCCUCUGAGCAUUCCCCACCGGAUUGGUAUUGGAUCUAGGUCUGAAGUAACUAUGGAAUGCCACAGUAAAGUGAGCAAGGCUCCACCUUUGGCUAUUUGCGAUGCCCAGUCCGAUGCAGAAUCAGCCAUCCACACUAGACCAAGUCCAGAAAUUGUAUUGACCACACCACACAAAAAAUGUGUAGUGCACCUUUCUGUGUUGGUUGGUGGCCCUACGGACUUCUGCAAGUUAUUAGGACUAAUAGUAUUGCAUUGGUAUGUUCUUGGCUAUUGGCGCCGGACUUCUGCAAGUUAUUAGGUAGUGUACUGGAGCUAUGUGCUCAACGACUGAUUUAUAAAGGUGUAGGUUUUCCAUCACUGUUAAUGAUGUGUCUAUUUUGUAACUGUGUGUUGGAGUGAGGCAUUAUUUCAAGUGACUGAAUCAGAUUGAUGCUUUACUUAAAUCUAUUCUAGGCAAAGGUUUCAAUUA